CUCGGUGGUGGGAUGAUGAGAGACAGCAGCGGGGACUGAGUGGAGGAGGAGGAGGUGGAGUCUGUCCCAGCCUGCAUCUGGCCCGCUCCCCUCUCUCUGUCACCCCGGGCCAAACCCGCCCAGCUUCUCUCACUCACUCUCCGCCUGUUCUCCCGCACGGCACGGCACGGCUCGGCCCGGACGCACACAGCACUCACACACUCACACACACACAUAUACAUACACACACGCACACACAGCGAGGACACGGAAUGGAGACGGAAGGGAGCCAGAGCAGCCUGUCCACCACGGACUCCCCUCACGACCCCUGCAAAAUGUUCAUAGGUGGACUCAGCUGGCAAACAACACAAGAGGGUCUGAAGGAGUACUUCUGCAAGUACGGCGAGGUGAAGGAGUGUAUGGUGAUGCGAGAUCCGGUUACUAAGCGCUCGAGGGGGUUCGGAUUCGUCACCUUUGUUGAUCAGGCCGGUGUGGAUAAAGUUUUGGCCCAAACCAGACAUGAGCUGGACUCAAAAACAAUCGAUCCAAAGGUUGCAUUCCCUCGCAGGGCUCAACCCAAGUUAGUGACUCGAACCAAGAAGAUCUUUGUGGGAGGCCUGUCAGUGAACACAACUAUAGAGGACGUCAAGCAGUACUUUGACCAGUUUGGGAAGGUCGACGAUGCCAUGCUCAUGUUCGACAAGACCACCAACAGACACAGAGGGUUUGGCUUUGUGACGUUUGAGAACGAGGAUGUGGUGGAGAAAGUGUGCGAAAUCCACUUCCAUGAGAUCAACAACAAAAUGGUGGAGUGUAAGAAAGCUCAGCCCAAGGAAGUGAUGUCCCCCACGGGCUCAGCCAGGGGGCGCUCUCGGGUGAUGCCCUAUGGAAUGGACGCCUUCAUGCUGGGUAUUGGUAUGCUGGGUUAUCCAGGCUUCCAAACAGCCACCUACACCAGUCGGAGCUACGCUGGCAUCACCCCUGGAUAUACCUACCAGUUCCCUGAGUUCCACUUAGAGAGGACUCCCCUUCUGACUUCACCCCACCCCCCUGAGCUCACAGCCAUUCCUCUCACAGCAUACGGACCAAUGGCAGCAGCAGCGGCAGCAGCAGCAGUAGUCAGAGGCUCCACCCCAUCUCGUUCAGCUGGAUUUUUAGGUACGAGCAGCCCGGGGCCGAUGGCAGACCUUUAUGGAACAGCCGGUCAGGAGUCGGCGGUCAGCAGUUACCUCAGUGCUGCUAGCCCUGCCCCGAGCACUGGAUUCAGCCAUAGUCUGGGGGGCCCGUUGAUCGCCACGGCCUUCACCAACGGCUAUCAUUGAGGAUUGCAGAGCUGUAGACUGAGAGCUGGAAGGAGUUGAAGCUGCUUUGGAGCUGAUCUGGCCUGUCUCUGUCCAGUCCACCUCUUCGGCUUGGGG